UCUGGCCAACCUCCACAGCCAGACCACGCGCAUGCGCGCAUGCAUGCCCGCCGGCCGCUGUCGUUGCCGGGUAACCGCGCGUCGCUAUGGUUUCCUUUGUGACCGGGUAAGUGGGCAGAACCGGAAGCCCGCUCCCUUGAUUCCCUCCUUUUCUGAUUGGUCCUCGUCCCUGCCAGUUGGACCCGCCCCCUAUUCUCUGCGUUCCGAUUGGCCGCCCACCCUGUCCUUCAGGCCGGGCUGCGGUGAGCGGUGCUCUGGCUCCAGGCGGCAGCGACUUCAGUGAGUUCAUCAUUGUUUCGGGGUAAAUUACUCUGCAGCUGGGGAAAAAAAGACUGCUGAUCCUUGCGAAGAUGAAGGGAUUUUUGGAGCUCCAAAAAAGGGAACACCCACCAGAAAAGGCCACUGUGAAGAAAUGUGAUGUGUUGCAGAUUAAGGCCAUUCGUAAAGGCACCAAGAAACUUGAAGAUCCAAUUUCUGUAAGGAAGGGUAGAAGGAUGAUGCUAAACCCUCCUACGAAGGGUGGUAUGCCCGCUGUCAUGUUGUCCGCAGCCACAGAUUUAACUGUACUGUCCCGCGUGGGUAACUCAGCGGUCCCAAGCUCGAUACAUACAGACUGGAGCAAUGAACAGUUCCAGGGAAUUUCCAAAGAGAAUCUUCCUAUGCACAUUUCCAUGAUGCAUGAAAAGGAGAAGUAUGCAUUUCUGUUGGAGGAGCAGUCCGAGCAUAUCGCCGACAUCGAAGCUGAGUCUGCAAGAAAGGAUCUUCAGAUUGAAACGCUGCAGAACGAGAUUGAGCAUUUAUCAAUACAGCUCAAUCAAUCAGCUAUUGCCGACAUUUACAAUUCACAGGUACAUUCGAUGCAAGAGCACAUGCACGGGCAGUCGGAGUUGGACGCACUGAACGAGAUUAAAGGUGAGAGUAAACAGAAAGACCUGAUCAUCGCUGAUUUAAGGGACCAGAUUUGGCAACUGGGAUUCCAAAUCAGACUUCUGAGAGAUGACGUCAGCAUCGCCAUCCUGGACGUGGUGAAGGAUGAUGAAUCGGGGAGGCAGCCGGAAUUUGAAGCAAUCAUCGAGCCUGCCACGCCACCAGAGGGGAACGCAAGUGAGGAAAACAUUCAAGGCGAAGAAAGAGCAUCGAGUGUUGGAGAAGAUGAGAUCGAUUAUGCAGAGUCCCAAGUGCACCUCUCGUCUGAGCCAACCAAAUCCCCCAGCUCGGAUAAAUCGGCAGAUGAGGAGUUGUUGUCCCUCCCAACAGAUGAUGGGAAGGUGGAGAUGCUGCAGAUUAGGACUGAGGAGCUGGAGAAGGCAGUGACAGAACUGGAAGAGAACUACAACAUGUCGACAGGGACAGUCAUAAUGCUGAACAGAAAACUGUCACUAGCUGAAGAUAAGCUGAAGAACACGGAGGCAACAGUGGCAAGGCUGCAGAAGGAGCAGAUGGAGAGAUGUUCUCAGCUACAGGACAUGUCCAGCAAGUUUUCCAGUCUGCGGGAGACAAAUAAUCAGCUUAAGGUGGUGACAGACCUGCAGAAUGAAAACGUCAGGCUCAGGGAGCUGGUGGUCAAAAUGGAGGCAGGGUCAACGGAGCAAACGGAGGCAGCGGUGAAGCUGAGGGAGCAGACGGGAAACCUACAGCUUCGCUGCACUGUGGAAGAGGCAAGGACCAGGCAGCUACAGGAUGAGCACAACACCGUCAAGGCAGAGAACCGUAACCUCCAACGCAACCUCCAGGAGCAUCAAGUGACCCUGCAAGCAAGCAACACCAGGCUGGAAAGAUUCAUCAGUAGAAUAGUGCAAGUUAUCUACAGUACACCUGGCGUUGAACAACCUAACAGAGAGAUCACCGAUGAUGAUACUCUUAAAGCAUUCAAGACAUUACUAGACGAACGGCUUGAAUUUUACGGACUAUUGAUUGCUCAUGAAAUAGCGGUCCGCCCUCUCUUCACCAGCACUGAUGACUCCCGUAUGACCAUGUGACAUCUAUUACCAGAGGUAUCCACCCCUCCCUCUCUCUCAAGCCCAACAUCGCAUUGGGUAUUAAUGAACUCGGAGCAACAAGAAAUAAGAAGAGAAUAAAAGGUGGCAUUUAUUUUAAACUUUCAAUGCUUUCUGUGAUUAUU